AAACGACAGUCCAUACGUAAAGAAUAAACUAGAAAUUAAUAAUAAAUCGGUUUAAAUUUAACCAACUAUAGAAAACUUUUAAAAAAAAUUAAAAUUUUCUCACAUUCAGUAUCAUGAUAGUUUUUUGGCUUCAGUUACAAUAGAUCAGCUUAAGGAAUCCGUUCUAUGGCAGAGUCUGGCUCAGCAGAUCCACCGGAGAAUCCCUUUUUGGGGAUGCGAAUUUCGGAAACCGGCUUUCUGAAAGACGUCGAGGGCCGAAGUGCUUGUACCGUGUGCGGCAAGUCUCGCAAGUUCUUCUGCUAUCACUGUUAUGUUCCGGUGGCGGCACUGAAGCACAGGUUACCGUUUGUUAAGUUGCCAAUCCAGAUCGAUAUUAUAAAACACAAGAAUGAGAUCGAAGGUAAAAGUACGGCUAUUCAUGCAGCCAUUUUGGCACCGGAGGACGUGAGGAUUUAUACCUACCCGGACAUACCAGACUAUCGUCAAGAGGAGGGAGUUGUGCUAAUAUUUCCAACACCCAGUGCGGUUACGGUGGCAAGCCUGUUCAGCGACGAACCACUGAAGCUCAAAGAAAAUUAUGGACUUCCCAAGGGACAUCACAUGGGAACGUUACUGCGGUGUCGUUUGAACGACAUUGUAGCGGAACUAGACGAGGAGCCUAACUUUCAGCAACAGUUGGCGCACCGUUUUCCAGUGCGUAAGGCAGUAUUCAUUGAUAGUACGUGGAGUCAGUGUCGCGGUAUCUACAAAGACAGUCGAGUGGCUUGCUUGCGAACAGUUGUAAUACAGAAUCGGAUCUCACAGUUCUGGCGACACCAGAAAAACAGUCCCCGAUGGUUCCUAGCUACGAUAGAAGCCAUUCAUCAGUUUCUGAUUGAAUUGCACAUCACUGCCUACGGAUUAGAUUCCCGUUACGAGGGUUUAAAGCAUUUGGGAUAUUUGAAUUUCCCCCAUGAUAAAGUGCGGCAGUUUAGUACUGCGAAGUUGGAAGAACUGGAACCGUACAACGGACAGUACGACGAUUUACUGUUUUUCUUUUUGCAUAUGUACAAUUUAAUACACGAAUACUACGAGCAUCAUACACUGAGAGCAUACCGGAGGCCACUGUUUCUGGAAGACAAGUACCAAAAGCAACUGGAGCAGCAGAAUACCGAUACUUAGUUUUUUUUUAUUGUUUUCCGAUGAAAUAAAGUUCUAAUUUAUUUUAA